UGUAGUAUUAUAUUGUGCAUAAGUGACUUAAACAUGUUUAUAUCACAAUCAUAGCUUUACCAUAAUAUAAAUACAGGAAGAACUCUGACUCUUUCCCAUCUCUCAUUUUUGGCUUCUUCCUUUCUUCUCGCAGGUGUCACAUUUCUAGCAUUUGAGUCAAGAUGAACAAAUACAGGAAGCAGAUGGCAGAGCAGUUCCUGAGUCAGGCCCUCGGUAUCAUCUGCCUGCUGACCGGAGAGGAAUAUGCCAUUGUGAAGAAGAAGCCGUCCCACAGCAGCAUUCACCGGCAGAGCAGAGAGGUGCCUAUAAAGUGUGAUGAUGUUGCCGUGUAUUUCUCUAUGGAGGAGUGGGAGUAUAUAGAGGGGCACAAGGAGCUUUACAAGGACGUCAUGAUGGAGACUCACCAAGCACUAAGGACUAUGGAGAUCCCAGGAAAUGAGAGCUCAGAAUUAUCAGGUCACAGAGAUGAAAAUCUAGACAAAGGAUCACAAGGAGAACUUGUACAGAAUAUUCAGCCAGUGGAGACCACAUCAGAAGUCUCUGCAGAAUUAAAAGGUCACAGUGAUAAAAAUCUAGACACAGGAGCACAAGGAGAACGUGUACAGAAUAUUCAGCCAUCAGAUGUCUCUGCAGAUAAUAUUAAUACUGACGUAUAUGUUAAAACAGAAGAUCUGAGUGUAACGUGUCAGCUGGGAGCUCUAAUGCAGGAAAUGUGUUACAGUGACAAUGAAGGUGAAAAUGAUGCUAAGAUUUCAUGUAACACGGAACAAACAGAAGAUCAGUGGCUAAGAAAUAUGCCAGAAACAGCAGAGCAGGAAAUAUGUGACAAUAUAAGUACUGGUGAAAAUGAUGCUAAGAGUUCAUGUAACAUGGAACAAACAGAAGAUCAGUUGCUAAGAAAUAUGUCAGAAGCUGCAGAGCAGAAAAUAUGUGACAAUAUAAAUACAGGUGAAUCCACAAACUACAAUAAUCCUACUUAUGAUCAGAGUGCAGAUGCUUCUUUACAUCUUCAAAAUCAAAGAAGCCACGUGGGAAAUGUAUGUUCUGAAUGUGGGAAAUGUUUUCUUAAGAAAUCACAUCUUCUUAAACAUCUAAAAAUUCAUACAGGAGAAAAGCCAAUUUCCUGUCCUAUAUGUGGGAAAUGUUUUAACCAUAAAAAAAAUCUUGUUGCUCAUCAGAAAAUUCAUACAGGAGGAAAAGGAUUUUCAUGUUCUGACUGUGGGAAAUGUUUUACUCAGAAAUCAACUCUUAUUACACAUCAGAAAAUUCAUACUGGAGAAAAAGGAUUUUCAUGUUCUGAUUGUGGGAAAUGUUUUACUCAGAAACCAACUCUUAUUAGGCAUCAAAAAAUUCAUACAGGGGAGAAAGGCUACUCAUGUUCCGAGUGUGGGAAAUGUUUUACUCAGAAAUCAAAUCUUAUUACGCAUCAGAAAAUUCAUACAGGGGAGAAAGGCUACUCAUGUUCUGAGUGUGGAAAACGUUUUACUUGGAAAUCAAAUCUUAUUACGCAUCAGAAAAUUCAUACAGGGGAGAAAGGAUUUUCAUGUUCUGACUGUGGGAAAUGUUUUACUCAGAAAUCAAAUCUUAUUAACCAUCAGAAAAUUCAUACAGGGGAGAAAGCAUUUUCAUGUUCUGACUGUGGAAAAUGUUUUACUCUAAAAUCAACUCUUAUUAGGCAUCAGAAAACUCAUAUUAAAAUAAAUCAAAGUUUAACGUCCUAAGUGCAGAGUGUGAUGUAGUUGUUGCUUACACAAUACCAAGUGCUGAUAAUGACUGCAUGUGCACCUCAAGUGUUUAUGAGGUGACCCCAGGGUGGAUGUGAUGAAAGUUGAUUUAAAUCACUAGAGACUGAUUUAAAUUGAUUUAAAUCAUGGUUUUCAUUUUUAGAAUAAUACGUUUUCAGAUUAUUUUUUCCAGUUA